AGCCAGGGCAGCUGUAAGAAUCUGUAGGAAGAACUGCUGUUGAGUUAAUUUGCCAUGUAAUAACCUUGCGCAAGUUAGAAUAGAAUUCAGACAAGGCUGACAGUGUUAGCAGUGCUGCAGCUGAGUUGAGCUUUAAAGGUCGCUUGGAAUCGAGUGCUUUGUAAGUGAAUGUUCUCUUCGCCACAAGCAACCCUGGGCAGAAUCAGAAACGGUGGAGUGGGAAUGACUUGCUAAUUUCAGGCAGCUUUUAGGUCGCCAGCUGCCUGCACUUCUAGUGAGUUUUCUCAGUUAUACUAAAGAUGAAUAGGUACGGGAUUCCGGGCAGCUCCCUCUCACUUUAGAAGAAAAAUCUUUCUGACCUUCCUCUGUGGAAAUGAGAACAAAUGGCAAGGCAGUUGAAACUGCACUUUGCAGCCCGAAGAAGUCAUACUGAUCCAUUAUCGGAGACACUCGGAGAUGAUUUGGAUACUCACACGCACGUCAAAGAGCCUGAGCCGAAUGCUGCUCCUAAUGUCGGAAUGGAGCAGAAUCCCAAGCAAACACUCUCAAGUUCUGUAACGCAGGAGACAAAUCAACAGGCAGUUCCAUUCCGGAAACCCAAGAGGAGUGCCUUACUGAAGAUUUCCUUGCAGGCUUCAAGAGUCAGUGGUUAUUCCCAACCUGUGGCUUCUGAAGACCACUUGUCCCUGGCCAGAACAAGGAAAAAAGGGGACUGUUGCAACAGGAAUGUGAUUGGCCAUCAGACUAACCAGCUAACUACCAGCAGCAGUCUGUCUGAUUUCACAGCAUGUGGUGGUGUUCUCAGCAGUGUCUCAGCCAGUGAUAAAGGAGCCUCCAGUAGUGCUGGGAGUGACUAUGGGUCAUGUACAAGUACCACAAGUGAUGGUGGGUCAUACAGCAGCAGUAUAAUCAGUGACGGCAGUAGCUGCCCCUUCUCUGCUGGAGAUGGUUGUAGUUUUCCUGCUAACAUGGUCUAUGGUAAAGCUCCUAACUACAAAUCCACUUCUCACAGAAGCAGUACUAUACAGCAUUUUUCAGGCAGAAAUAUCUUUGACCAAGACAACUCUGAACAUGCACUGAGGACAACAAAGCUGCCGGCAAUGAGAGAAACAAAAGUUCCCCUAAGGCGUUGCUCAUCUCUGGUUAUUUUCCCAAAGAGUCCUUCAAAUACCCCACCGAUGUCUCCAACUUCUCCUCUACCGAAUGGGCAAUCCUCUCGGCUAUCCCAUAGCGAGCAGGUGCAAAGCGAAGACAAAGUCACAUCCAAGGGUUCCCUCUCGACUGUGGUCAAUGGAUUUCGACUCUCCAAAAGUGCUGGUCCUCCUAACGAAAGCAGAGAUGUUAAACAACUAUGUUUGAACAGCUCAUUGUGGGAGAGAACGUGGGCCACAGAUGGCUCUGAACGCGCAGCACAUGAUGAGGAAAUACCAAAUGGAGGUUCUUCUAUUUCAUUUCACUUCUCUCAUGGAAUGCCUGCACCAAAGAGUGAAAUUGGGUCCUCUUCCUGCAUGCCCACUGUGGCAACCUACCCUAAUUUAAGAUGCAUGCACAGUGCAUCCGCCUGUUGGUCCUCAAACAUGGAGGAUUGUGCCAGUGUUAACUCUGAAAAAAGGCCAACUUCACGGAGGAGCAAGAUCCAUCAUGGUUUGCAAAGGAGUCUUUCGUUGGGAUCGUCACAGUCCUCAUUUUUAUCUAGUUUUAAAUAUAGUUCUAGAGCAGGAAUGUCACAUUUACAUAUUCACUUUGGUUCUGAGAGAGAGGGAAAACCUGAUGGAGUUCAAAGGACAGAUAGAAUACCUGGACAAGAGCCUCAUAGUCGGACUUUGAUGAAACCUCUAGAGACAAGAGAUGACUUCCUUGGUCAAGUAGAUGUGCCUCUCUGUCAACUGCCGACAGAGCAUCCAACUAGAGAGAGGCCGUACACGUUUAAGGAUUUUCUUCUUCAUCCAAGGAGUAAUAAAUCCAGAGUGAAAGGGCACCUCAGGUUAAAAAUGACAUACCUCCCUAAAAACAAUGGAUCUGAAGAAGAUGGCACGGAACAGGCAGAAGAGCUAGAGCCCGGCUGGAUUAUAUUGGACCAACCAGAUGCUCCUUGCCAGUUGCAGCAGGAGCAAGAGUCUGCUCUCCCCCCAGGCUGGGAAGAGAGGCAGGAUGUCCUUGGCAGGACCUACUAUGUCCACCACGAAUCUAGACGGACGCAGUGGAGAAGGCCAACGGCUCAGGACAACAGGCCCAAUGCAGAAAGUGGCAAUAUUCAGUUGGAAGUGCAGCACGCUUUUGCCCGUCGGCAUCAAAUAACCGAGGAAAUGGAGAACCUUGACAGCAGAGACUCCCCUGAGAGUUGGGAGAUCAUAACAGAAGACGAAGCCACCAUGUAUAGCAACCAGGCUCCCCAAGCAACUGUUCAGCAGAGCAACUCUGAUGUAGACACCUGCCUUGCAGAAGAACUGAACACUCAACUGACUACCUCUGGGAGUUCGAUGGCUGGUCAAGCCGCUUCUUGCACUAAUGACUUUGGCAGAAGAGGCAGCCUGCAGACUUACCGAGCGGAGGAACAUCCAGUGCUUCCUGUUUUACUGCCUACUUCAACCGGGCUGCCUCCAGGCUGGGAAGUAAAGAAAGAUGAAAAAGGAAGACCUUAUUAUAUAGAUCACAAUUCCCAAACAACCACUUGGAAGAAGCCAUUUGUACCGAUGGGAGCUGAUGCAGGUCAGCAGCCAUCAGCACCAAGUCCUUCCACCAGGCCAGCCUUACCAUCGGAUGACUCUGUGCAGCAGCCUGCGUAUCCAAAGCCACCGGAAGCAGAUCAAGGUUUUCUUCCCAAAGGCUGGGAAGUUCGGAAUGCGCCCAAUGGGAGACCUUUCUUCAUAGAUCACAAUACCAAAACGACCACAUGGGAUGACCCCCGUCUGAGAAUUCCAGCUCAUAUGAGGAGGAGGACCUCUUUGGACCCUGUAGAUAUUGGCCCCUUACCACCUGGCUGGGAAGAAAGAAUGCAUACAGACGGACGGACGUUCUAUAUAAACCACAACACAAAAAAAACUCAGUGGGAAGAUCCUCGCUUGCAGAACGUAGCGAUAACUGGACCAGCUGUGCCUUAUUCCAGAGAUUAUAAAAGAAAGUAUGAAUUCUUCAGAAAGAAGUUAAAAAAACAAAGUGAUAUUCCAAACAAGUUCGAAAUGAAGCUUCACCGUGUCACAAUCUUUGAAGACUCGUACAGAAGAAUUAUUGCUGUAAAGAAACCGGAGUAUCUCAAAGCCAGGCUUUGGAUUGAAUUUGAUGGCGAAAAGGGGUUAGACUAUGGAGGGGUUGCCAGGGAAUGGUUCUUCUUCCUGUCCAAGGAAAUGUUUAAUCCUUACUAUGGAUUGUUUGAAUAUUCUGCCACGGAUAACUAUACACUGCAGAUCAAUCCGAACUCUGGGUUGUGCAAUGAAGAUCAUCUUUCGUACUUCAAGUUCAUCGGCCGUGUGGCAGGGAUGGCCGUCUAUCACGGGAAGCUCUUGGACGGCUUCUUUAUCCGCCCUUUUUAUAAGAUGAUGCUUCAAAAGCCAAUAACACUUCAUGAUAUGGAAUCUGUGGACAGUGAAUAUUACAGUUCUCUGAAAUGGAUUCUUGAAAAUGACCCCACAGAACUGGACCUCCGGUUCACCGUCGAUGAAGAACUUUUUGGGCAGACUCAUCAACACGACUUGAAAAGCGGAGGGUCCGACGUGGUGGUCACAAAUAAGAACAAGCAAGAGUACAUUUAUCUUGUAAUACAGUGGCGGUUUGUGAACAGGAUCCGAAAACAGAUGGGUGCCUUUAAAGAGGGUUUUUUUGAACUAAUACCACAAGACCUCAUCAAAAUCUUUGAUGAAAAUGAACUAGAGUUACUGAUGUGCGGCCUUGGAGAUGUCAAUGUGAACGAUUGGAGGGAACACACGAAGUACAAAAACGGCUACAGUGCAAAUCACAUAGUUAUUCAGUGGUUUUGGAAGGCUGUACUAAUGAUGGAUUCUGAAAAACGAAUAAGACUCCUUCAAUUUGUAACUGGCACGUCCCGUGUACCAAUGAAUGGAUUUGCUGAAUUGUAUGGUUCAAAUGGACCACAGUUAUUCACCAUUGAAUACUGGGGCAGCCCUGACAAAUUGCCAAGAGCCCACACUUGUUUUAACCGCUUGGAUUUGCCUUCAUAUGAAUCCUUUGAAGACUUGUGGGACAAGCUUCACAUGGCAAUUGAAAACGCUCAGGGAUUUGAUGGAGUUGACUGAGCCCUGGAUAGAAGCAAGCUGUACUCCUUCUGUUCUUUUCUGUGCUGCAAUUUGAAAGUUUACAAACAAAACAAAUAUAUUCCAGGGAAUCUAUUGCUGUAUUUUUUUGGCAAUUGAAUCUUUAUGGUAUCAUUUUUUUAAAAAAAGAAGAAGUGUUAAUUUCAACAAUGCUUAAUUGCAUUUUGCAUUUCAAACUCUUGCCUGUUUCAUUAGCUGGUGCAAAAUGAAUACUGAUGAGGCUGACAUUAGCCUUGCAUUACCUCUUACAAUAUUUGCCUUUUUGGCACACUGAACUACUGAAAGUGUAAGCUGUGAAAAAGCAAAGUUAGUCUGUCUUUCUGUCCAUGUGUGUGUGUGUGUGUGUUUUCUCUCUCUCUCUCUCUCUCCCCUGAAAUAGCAAAAUAGCACAUGUAUUCUGCUCUGGGCUGUGAGGAUUUUCUUCAGACUUUCCAAAGCACCUUACUAUAUUUUUUUAGUAAAACCUUAAAAUCUUUCCAUCUCGUAGUGUCUGCUCGUAGUAUGUCAACGCUGGCUGCAAUUGUGCACAUGGUUGCAAGCCUUAAACCGUUGGGGCUGGUGUGUUUGUAACUUCCUGCUGUACAGUUGCCUUUGAGUCAACCCCCUUUGAGUUGAACGGGAGCUAUCUAAGAACACACACCAAUCCUCUUGCAUCGCCCCUGUCUAUCUCUGUGGGGUUUGCACAGGAUAACUUCCCCAUCAAUUGCGCUCUGUGCUUUUAGUGUUGACACUUCUAAACUUUUCAACUUUUGAGGUUAAAAGUAGCAUGAAUUGAAUGAAAUUAUUUUAAAAUCUGUUUGAAUUUAUAUUCUAGUGUAUUUUUGGUAAAUCAUAUUUUGAAAUUGCCUAACGAACAAACAAUAUUUUCAGCUUAGCUUCCUCAAUCUCGAAACAGUAUUUUUGUGUUUUUUUUAAUACCACAGUAUUAUAACAAAAUGCCUUUUCGUAUCCAUUCUUGCAGUAUUGCACCACAAAAAUAUGGACAUGUUUACAGGGUUUUAUGGGCCAAAUUCAGCAACCGGAUAUGUGCAAAUGUGCGUGUCACUUUGCAGAAUGCACCCAGGGCAGGAUUUGGCCCUGAAAUUUGUUUACAUGUUAUAUUACUCCCCCUCCAACCCUACCCCCGGCUGCAUUUUUAUAUUUUCUCAAUGUUUAGUCUAGAAACCAAAUAAAAUACAGUAUAACCAAAGUUAUAGUAAAUGUGCAAUUUAUUGAGAACUAGUGGUUCACAGAAAUUUAGCAUGAAGCUUUUCAUACAAUUGUUAAAUAGAAAAUAUGGAUAUUUUGAUACAUUUGUCAGAGCCAGUAUUUUGGUCAAUGCUGGUUUAGAAUCAUCAGUUCUGAGAGGUGAAAGUUUACAUGGUGGUCUCUGGCUUUGGUUGACUCUUGGACCUGUUGCUAUGUGCAAUCUGGAGCAGUUGCUUGAGAACCAUGAUCUUUGGUUCAGUGGAAGGGGCGGUGUAUUAGAACAUCACUCUUGACCCAUUAGAAAAGAGGCCAGGCUGCCACAGUUCCUGGUGAAUUGCACCCAAGAUGUGACGGAAAGGCAGUCCACAGCUGUCGCCAUUUGCUGCCUCCUACACAAAUUGUCAAAGACUUGCAACUUGUUUAACAAAUGAGUCUUAAGGAAUCUUUAAAAUCCCUUUUAGACUGGGUCUAGUGCAGAGUAUUGCCAGUAAAUAAAGAUAAAUAUUCAGUCUACAUUCGGGUUGUUUUGUAAAAUGAGGAAUGAUAUGUCUGUAUAGAUUUGAAUGUAACUAUCAGAGUACUUCAAUCUAACAAAUGAAAAAAUCUGAAGCAGUAAAUAAAAUUUAUUCUAAUAAA